CCUAAGACAACGACAACCAGUUUUUUGUGGUUAAACAGCAUGUUUGCCGUUGCCGUAGAAAUACAUAACAGCACUUCAUCAAUAGUUUCGUCAUGGUGUAGACCUGCGUGACAGCAGGUCUUGGGGUAGGAGUCAGCUAGCAUUACCGAACAAAACCAGCUAGCCAGCUAACAGUAGCUGCUGGCCAUUUGCCUUUUACAUUUGCAGCGAUGAUGUUACUAGCAGGAUAGCUAGCUGGUGUGUGACUUAGCCGACAAGCUGAUGUAAACAAAUACAGAAACAACAACGGUUUGGCAAUGAUCAAAUGAAUUACAAUAUUGAACGAAGAACUAAAUACGUCCUCGCUUUUUGACAAGGAACUCUCAGAAGCGUCAAGUUAGCGUAUUUGAAGAUCUGCAUUCAGCUUUGACGUAACUAGCCAAUAUUAGCUACCCAGCUUAGUGUUUUACAAUCUGAUACAAAAUGUCGAAUUCAGCUCUAUUCCAGAGCAAAUUAGUAUCAAUCAUGGAGAUACUUGUAAAUUCGGCAGUGGCCGAUAUUUGUAGAUUAGUUGAUGAAGGUGCCUCUGUGUUGCAUUUCGAAAUUUCUCGAAGUAAAUCAGAAAACGAGGACCUUAGGUUGAAAUUACAAUUAAUGCAAAGAGAGUUGGAAACAGUGAGAAGAGGAAGGGAGAGAUCAUUGACAUCUGUUGGUAUUCAGUGUGUGGACUUCAGUGAACCUCAGGAACUGUCCAUCACGAUUAAACAAGAACAACAGAAUGGUCUGCAAAGAGAGAGGGAGGAGAGGACAGCUGGAAAUAACAUUAUUGGUGGAGAUUGGUCUUUAGGCCUACCUGAGCAUUCAGCCAGGACAGACAGAUCAGAUCGCACAGGUCUGGCAAAGGAAUCUACCCAUAACCAUGGGGAGUUUGAUACAAGGCAUCACAGUGCUAAAAGAAACCUGGCUCAGGUCAACAGUUAUCAACCAGAAAGGCCAACAGAGGGACACUAUGAAGUAGGAGGGCCAAAGACUGUAGGACAGGGGUUGCGGAAGGACUCCAGAUCAGGAUCUCCAUUUGUCAAGUCUCACAGAGAAGAGAGCAGUUUGUCCCUGAAGUCUGAGGAUAAACCGAGUUGUGAGCGGGUUGGAAAAGAUGAUGAUAAACAUCCACUGGAGCAGCAGCAGCAGCAGCAUCAACAGCUGCCAUUCUCUCCAUCACAGCCCUAUGCUGAUCUCAGAGAUAAGAUGGCAUUUCCAUCUGAGGUAGAGUAUGAACUGGAUGACGAGGUCUGCAACCUGGGGGACCAAGGCAGUUUCAUCUCUGGACAUCAGACAAGACCAAAACAGGAGCAAGAGGGAGAGGGGAGUGGUAUCAGACAGGCAGAGCAUGCUCCUCCUCCAGACGUCUCACCUAGGUGCCUUUACCAAGCAGCGUCGGACUUGACCUUUGCCCUGCAAGCAGUUGCUGGUGGGGGUAUGCCAGCAGCGGGUGUGGCGCCACCCCAGUCAGGCCCCUCGGCAGCCCGUCCACACGUUUGCCCGCAGUGCGGCCGCAGCUUUGCGCACAUGCAUGUGCUGAAGCGCCACCUGGUGGUGCACUCGGGGCUGCGUCCGCACGCCUGUGGCUUCUGCGGCAAGCGUUUCUCGCUGCGCGACAGCCUUCGGAGGCAUCAGCGCAUCCACACCGGCGAGAGGCCCUAUGGCUGCCAGCUAUGCGGCAAGCGCUUCACCCAGCGCACACACCUCAACAUCCACCUGUCUGUGCACACCGGCAUACGACCUUUCACCUGCGCGCACUGCGGUCGGAGCUUCACGCAGACGCAUGUUCUGCGCAGGCACAUGCGGGUCCAUGCUGCCGAGGGGCUGUCGUUUUAUCAGGGAGACUCCUAAAAUGGUUGUUGUGUGAAACAAACAAAACAAACAGUAGACACUAUGAAGGUGCAGAGGUCUUCAUUUAAAAAUAAAAAUAAUGAUAAUAAUAAAAAUGUAAGAUUUGGAUCUUGAUUUAAACUCCGCUGUUGACAUUUUGGGGUCAGAGGAAGAAGAAUAGAACAGUGCACCUGGGGCCUCAUUUAUCAAAGAAUGUAAACAAAUAAAUAAUCCAGCAAAUUGUGCACAUUCCACAUAAUGGAUUUCAGAUAAACAAGAAGGGAAAAUUCUUUAAACAUCUUCCAAUAAUCAUGGAUGGUAAAUGAUAGUAUUAAUUCGGCUUGAUUGUUGAUGGGGCCCCAACCAAAAGCACAAGGAAUUUAACAUAUUUCCUGUGUAUAAAUGCCUUUAUGCUGUUUUAUGGCACAACAGGUGAAAAAAAUAAAUAAAGCACAUAUCACCAUAAUAAACACUAUGUUGACAUUGAGUUUUGGCAGUUCCCAUUACAUUUCAGAAUUGGGCAUGAAGAUGAUCACACUAGGCAAUUAAGCACUUCUGUCUGUAAGUUUCAAACAUUUCAGAAAAACAAUGAUGUUCACAUCCAUGGUAGGAACACAGAACUCUGGACAGGCAAACUGAUAGGUGACAGCUCUGGUGUCUUGGUGCUAUUGUAGGCCUACUAUUAAAAUGUAUUUAGAGUGUUUGGUUUGGUUAUUCAGAAGUCUCUGUAAAUCUUGGUGAGGAAAAUGGCUCUAUGAUAUUUAAUGUUGUGAAAAUGUUUAUGAAAUGGUACUAAAUAAAAAAUAUACUUUUUUGCUGUGGA